UUCCUUGGUUUAUCGAUUGUGAGUCUUCCGACUCGACUCCACCUCCACCUCCACCUUUCAACCCUUCCAACCUCCAAUUCCCUUUCUCUCUCUUUCUCCCUCUCCUCUCCCUUCGCCCUCCUGGGUCGUCCUCCCUCCACGUCCUCUUCCUCUCCCUCGUCCUUCCGCCCUGCCGACUGGCCCGAGUGCUGAAGAUCCGCUCGCUUCCCCCGCUCGCCCGCCGCAAUGCAGGCCGUCGUGCGUUCUGGUGCUCGUGCGGCCACACGCCAUGCCCGCAGCAGAGUCACUCCCACAAGAGGAGCGCUACGGACAAGCCUCACCCGUGCUCUCGUGCCCGCCUCGAGUCGCCUCUACACCUCCGCCGCCGACAGUCGCGAUGCCACCUCCAUGCGGGCCGCCUUCCUGAGCUUGCUCGGCAGCGUGAGCUCGCGCCGGGAAAUCGACCAGUACCUCGCCCAGUUCCGCUCCGUGUCCUCGCAGCAAUUUGCCGUCGUCAAGGUCGGGGGAGCCAUCUUGACUGACCACAUCGAUACCCUAUGCCUCGCCCUGCAGCAUUUGUAUGCCAUGGGCUUGUACCCCAUCAUUGUCCAUGGCGCAGGGCCCCAGAUGAACCGGCUGCUCCUGGACGCAGGCGUGGAACCCGAGUUCAUUGACGGCAUCCGCGUCACGGACAAGAAAACGCUCGGCAUUGCCCGCAAGCUGUUCCUUGAGGCCAACAUGGACUUGGUGUUGAAGCUGAGGCAGGAUUGGGGCAUCCCGGCACGCCCAAUCACCGCCGGCGUGCUCCAGGCUGACUACCUCGAUAAGGAGAAGUGGAAGUAUGUGGGCAACAUCACCAAGGUCAAUUCGCGCCCCAUUGUCGAUGCGCUCAAGGCCAAGGAAUUGCCCAUUCUGUGCUCCAUGGCCGAGACCGAGGAUGGCCAGAUCCUCAAUGUGAAUGCCGAUGUGGUUGCGGGGGCUCUGGCCCGGGCGCUGGAGCCUCUCAAGAUUGUCUAUCUCAGCGAGAAGGGCGGUCUCUACAAUGGCGACACGGGAAAGCUCAUCUCCACCAUCAACCUCGACGAGGAGUAUGACACGCUUAUGCAGCAACCCUGGGUCAAAUAUGGCACCAAGCUCAAGAUUGUGGAAGUCAAAAAGCUGCUAGAUGACCUACCGAAGACCUCCUCCGUGGCCAUCAUCCACCCACAGUAUUUGGAGAAGGAACUCUUCACCCACACCGGCGGCGGUACGCUGAUUAGGAAGGGUGAGAGCAUUCAGGCCGUUUCCAAGUUCGAGGACCUCCCCGAUAUGAAGAAUCUGCGGGAUGCGCUGCUACGGGACCGCGAAAGUCUGGACUCUGGCGACGUCAUCGAUCGCUUCCUGAACAAUCUGAAGAACCGCCCCUUUGAGGCUUUCUUUGAUGAUAACAUGGGCGCUGUUGCUAUCGUCUACCCGCCAGCGGAGGAGGGCGGCUUCGCACAGCUGUCUACCUUCACCACCACCAAGGACGCUUUCCUCACCAACGUCGCGGACAACAUCUUUGAGCGUAUGAAGAAGAAGUACCCCAAGAUGUACUGGACUGUCGAGACCCAGGACGAGAACCUGGGUUGGUUCAAGGAGAAGGCAGACGGCACCCUCCGUCGAGAGAAGGAGGUCUUCUGUUUCUGGGGUACCGCCGAGCCGCAAGAGGUGGUGGCCAUGAUGAGCGAGUUUUCCAAGCACGGACGGGCCAUGUUUGGCGACCACAACCUCGAGGCGCAGCUUCGGCGAGCAGCAGACUAUGCUGCCAGCUUGAAGCAUGGCCAGCAGACACGCUCAUACUCGACAAUGGCAUUCGGGGCUAGGGUCUUCGGGCAGCAGCCACGGCCCACUUUCAGGUCGAGCAAGGCGGCUCCCAUGACUUCCCGCGGCUUCGCUACCACUGCUCCCCGUGCUGUCGAGACCACCAACCCCAAUCCCCCUCACGGACUCAAAUUCAAAAGCAAAGACUGGCCGUCCAAGAUUGCCCUCAUCGGUGCCCGUGGCUACACGGGUCAAGCUCUCAUCGACCUCCUGAACCGCCACCCCAACAUGGACCUCCGGCACGUCUCGUCGCGCGAACUCGCAGGCAAGAAACUCGAAGGCUACACCAAGCGCAAUAUCACUUACGAGAACCUCGCGCCCGAGGACGUCAAGAAGAUGGCCGAGCAGGGCGAAGUGGACUGCUGGGUCAUGGCGCUCCCCAACGGCGUCUGCAAGCCCUUUGUCGAUGCCAUCAAUGAAGCCGGCAAACCCGACACCGUCAUCGUAGACCUCAGCGCGGACUACCGUUUUGAUUCAUCGUGGACGUACGGCCUCCCUGAGCUCGUCGAUCGCCGCAAAUUGGCAAACGCAACGCGCAUAGCGAAUCCCGGCUGCUAUGCCACGGCCGCACAGCUCGGCAUCGCGCCCUUGCUCGAGUUCAUCGGUGGACAGCCCACCGUGUUCGGCGUGAGCGGGUAUUCGGGCGCAGGCACGAAGCCCAGCCCGAAGAACGACGUCAAGAAUCUGGAGAACAACAUCAUUCCGUACAGUCUGGUGGAUCAUAUUCAUGAGCGGGAGAUUAGCAGCCAGUUGGGACGGGAGGUGGCGUUUAUUCCACAUGUGGCGAGCUGGUUCCAGGGUAUUCAUCACUCCAUCUCCAUCCCGCUGAACCGAACCAUGACGUCCCGCGACAUCCGCAACCUCUACCAGGACCGCUACGCCGGAGAGAAGCUGGUCAAGAUCACGGGCGAGUCGCCCCUGGUCAAGGCCAUCAGCGGCAAGCACGGCGUCGAGAUUGGCGGGUUCGCGGUGCACAGCUCGGGCAAGCGCGUCGUGGUGAAUGCCACGAUUGACAACCUGCUCAAGGGCGCCGCGACGCAGUGCCUGCAGAAUAUGAACCUGGCGCUGGGGUAUGGCGAGUAUGAUGGUAUUCCUUAUUAGUUGAGGAGGGGAUCAGGAAUAGUUGUUUUUGCAAGACUAUUAUCGUCGUCUUUCUUGUAUAUAUAUCCUUGUUUCUAAAACGGUUUGCACAGAGGUAGAAUAGAGUGGUGUAGAGUCGUGUAGAGAAAGUAGCACGCGUGCAUUUUGUGUGGGGUUUAGCACUGUUGUAGGGCUUCAUCUAUGAAGAUAUAGAUUGUACUUUUUGCGCUCCCAUUGUCGUUUUGCCGAUGUGAUUGCUUGUGGACUUGUUAACAGGUUUGCAAGGUGGAAUCGACAUGAAUCAAUGUAUGGAUGGAUGCAUGAAUGGAAG